GUUUGAAAAGUCUGAUGCAUUUUUCUGCCACCUCCUUUGCAAAGCUGAACGUGCCCUUUUACCUGAAGCUGUAUCUGGCUACGACUAUCAUUGCUUUUGUGAAGGGCGAGCGAAAUUUGGUGAAAGCGGCCAGAAGACUUAUUGCCAACACAUGCUUAUCGUCAUUCGUGAUGACAGGGCAAAUGGCUAUAGCUCAUUUUCUCUUUUGUGCGGGUUCGAACUUGUUAUCUUCGGAAGCCUUGAAGUCGAGCCUCACCGCAUACGUGGUGGGCAUGCUGGGCGCCCUCCCUGUAGGGUUGGAGAAACAACAACGGAG